AUGGUCGCUGGGUUGUUGAAUGUUGGUUUUAAGUGUAAUUGUAGCACUACAGAAGGGAGCGAGACUGGCUCAGCUAUAUCGGGUAUCACAAAGCAAGGAACCAUUGUCACAGCUGGAACACCUGUACCUCGGCAGGCAAGGAACCAUUGUCACAGCUGGAGGAGACCAUGCCAUCUGGUGGGGCCCGGAUACCAGAGGGUCUUGAAUUACAUCUGCUUAGUGCAGGAACUGGAACAGCUUCUACGUGCUCUCGAUUUCCGCAACCAGUUCUGUUCUCGCCCCUACUUACCGUCACACAUCAUACCUCCAGAGAGAAAAAAGAAGUACCAGUGUGAGUCCCUAACGGGAGGCCCACCAGAGGACUGGAGCAGUGUCACUCUGCAGGAACAUCAGCUCCAGCGCAGGCUGGCGGGUGCAGAGACACCCCUCGUGCCAUUUCUAGGGGCUGUACAUGUGAGCACACCCCGGCUCUGCCCGCUGAGUGCACACACGUGUGGUGGGAGUCUUAAGACAACAGAUAAAUCAGUUGCUGAAAACACUACCGGUCAGCAUCUCUACAUACUUCUCAGCAGUCAGCCCUCAGCAGUCACACUGUGUGGUCACUGCAGGGCGCAGCGGCACAGAGCCGAUGCUCCAUCCUCGUUAGCGCUCUGGGGUAACCCUCCGCCCUCCCGCAGGCCAGGAUCUCCUCCUCCUGGAAGAUGGCUGGGUUUCCAGAUUAUUUUCAGUGAUAUCUUAGAAAUUAGAUGGCCUGACCCUGCUACAGCUGAUCUGACCAGAUGUAUAGAGAAUGGUAGCGUGAAGAUCUCAUCAGUAGAUGGUUAUGCUCACCUUUACCUGUCAGAAUUACAGCAAGAAUUUACAGUGGAGUUCUUAUGCAAAGUCAGCCAGUCAUCUGCAGCAUCCUUACACUCCUCUCAAAAGAAUAGCAACUAUCAAACCGGAGAUCAGUAUGGAAAAUCCAGUAAAAAUUCCAGUGCAGAAAUGUCAUUAGAACAAAUAAAAAUAGAAAAUAAGAAGAAUGAACAUGGUUGUGCUGAAGGUAAAUACAGAAAACCAACCAAACCAAGUGACCAGAAAGACAGAGAUGGAGUCCCUGUGUUCUACACAAAUUGUUCUUCUGAAUACACGUGGGUUACACAGUGUUGGUCUGUUUCCUCCUACCCGGAAGAAUGGAAAUACCCUUUGUCAUUGGCACUAAUGUGCUAUAACUUACGUACUGCUAAGGAUGUAAUGAAGACAUGUGAGAAAAACAACCAUACAUCUACAGAAGAUGACGUUUUAAUAGACAUGGGAACACAUGAAACAGUUUCUCGUUUACCUGCAGCUUUGCCACUCAGCUGCAGAGCCCCACAUUUACACAGGUGGACUUUCUAUGACUUCUUUCAGAAACAAGAUAAUGAGAAGUAUUCAUGCCCUCAGCUAAUUCAGACUGUAUGGUGCCAGGGUGUGUUUUAUAGAUUUAUCCAUGGUAGGACAAACAUCGCAGAAAUUUAUCCUGGUGAUGACUUUUUGAAGUCAGAGGGAGCAUUUUUGGGAAACUAUUUUGUACAUUAUACGAUCCAAAAAGGAACAAAAAAGAGAGAAGAAAAGAUGUAUUCGGUAAACAGCCUGCCUCCCGAUGUACCAGGAAAUCCAUACUCUAUAUCCUCCAUCGUUACUCAGGCAACCAAAAUACUUCAGUACUGCUACAAGACUAAACUCUCAUUAACUCAUAACUAUUCUCUCUGCUGCUGGGAAAUGGUACCCGAGACAGAUGGACGAGAAAUGUUGCCAGUUUUGCUGUAUGAAAAGGUUAUUCCCAGCAUAGGAAGGCUCCUUGUGUACUCAGAUUAUAAAGUCCACGUGGCUUUUUGGGAUGGGAUGACCUUGAAUAUGGUCUGGGAUUUCAGCUCUUCAUGUAGUAAGAUCCAGAUAAAUGAAGAUGUAGGCUGGUGUAAGUUAACUCAUCCUGAUGGGGUACAGCAGCUAAUUCAAAUAAGUCACCCUGGAAUCUAUGAAAGGUACAUCAAAACAGCAAUAGAAUGGUGCCAAAGUUUGAAUGAAAGGAAGGAGAUUCCUGAAUAUACUGCACACUCUGUAACUGAAGAAAAUUGGUCUGCUGAUGCUGAGCUUGAAAAAAUACAGAGAUUUACCUGUAUCCUUUUGAAAGCUGUAAAGAUUCUUCAUGUCUAUAGUCUCUUGUUCAUCUACAUAUUCAAAUCUGCAUUUUAG